ACUAAACCAAUGCGUAUAAACAUCUGAAAUCGUAAGGCCCUGACAUCCUAGUAGUAUGGUGUUGGGCCCAUUCAAAUUAUUUCAAUUUUACGGAUCUGCAUAUUCGGAGCAUCAAUCUAGUCCAAUUGCGAAAUGACGUAACAUUGAGAACUGGAAAUACUAUCUUCAUAAGCAGAACAUGCUGUUCGAUUGAAGUUGUUUCAGUCCUCCAAUUUCCAGUUCACAUCCUUCAGGGAUUUCCGUUGGGUUCGUUCUCCGUCAUCUCGGAUACUGGUAAAAGCCCAUUCUUCGGUUGCUGCAUCCUUCUAUCUAGUUUAUGGUCCAUGACGUCAAGGAACGGUAGUGUUGGCUUCCGAAUUGUGACUAAUAAUCUUAGUAAAGGGUGGGCCGGGUUUCCAUGUCGGAACCGCCGUCAUCCGCGUCCGUCAGUCCCUAAACACUUACCACCUACCUAUGUGCGUCAUUGAAUUACUCAUAUAUCGAAUCUCAAGUCAAUCGUUGUUUCGCGAAUUGCGACAUACUUUUAGUGAAAGGCAUCCCUCCCUCGCUCCCACGCACACCCUCUUUACUAGUGCUCAGCCUUUAAUCUUUCUCUCUCUCUUUAUCUCGGAUCUCGGAGUUCUUCGGGCCUCAACUCGGCCACUUGACGUACGUAGGUGCUUACGUCCCUACGUAUUCGUUGAUCUCGCCAAUUGCCACUUGGGUGUGCUGUCUCCUUUUGUCUGUCAUCACCACCUUCGAAGUUGAUUCGAACCAUGUCAGGUUUCGUCAUGCCGGGCCAAACGCCCCCAGGACCGGAGAGAACCGGAGGCUCAUUCAUGGCCCCGGGAUCGGGCUCCCAAUUCACCAUGCCCACCACGUGUUUGGAAAUUAGCGUGGCGUGUCAAAAACUGGCAGAUCGCGAUUUGACCUCGAAAUCUGAUCCUUUUUGCGUACUCUUUGAGCAAAGCGGCAAUCAAGAAUGGCGAGAAUUGGGCCGCACGGAAACCCUCCGCGAUUGCUUGGACCCCGUUUGGCAGACUAAGUUUGUGGUCGAUUAUCGCUUUGAGGAGCGACAGGUGCUGAAAUUUCAAGUUUACGACCACGAUACUGAAUCGAAGAAUCUCAAAAAGCAAGAUUUCUUGGGCGGGUUGGAAAUCACUCUGGGCAAAUUGGUGGCGGCUCCCGGACGGCGUUUUGUGUCCAUCAUGAAAGAGGGGCCUAGUAAAAGCGGUCGUUUCGUUAUCAUCACCGAGGAGAGAUCGGCCAACAAAGAGAUCCUCACGUUUCAAUUGGCCGCCGAGAAGGUGGACAAGAAAGACAUGUUUGGCAAGAGCGACCCCUAUUGUGUUUUGAGCAAAUCCGGACCGCAAGGCAGCUUCAUCGUUGUCCAUAGAAGUGAGACCAUCAAGAAGACGCUCAACCCUGUUUGGGCCCCCGUCGUCGUGCCCGUGGUCGAUGUGUGUAACGGGGAUUACGAUCGGCAGCUCAAACUUGAAGUGUAUGAUUGGGAUAGCAAUGGCUCGCAUGAUUUCAUCGGCAGCUUCACCACCACGCUCAAAGACCUCAGUAUCGCCGUGGUGGAGAAGAAAGAGUUCCCGCUCAUUAACUCCAAAAAGCUGAGCAAAAAAGGCUACAAGCACUCGGGACUCGUCAAAUUGCGGAGCUUCAAAGUGGAAAGCCGAGACUCGUUUGUGGACUACAUGCAAGGGGGCACGUCGUUGAACUUUUCGGUGGCCAUCGACUUCACUGCGUCAAAUGGCGAUCCUGCCACUCCAGCGUCGCUGCAUUUUCGGGGAGCUUCCAACGGUGAGAACGAAUAUACUCAAGCCAUUCGAGCCAUUGGUCCCAUCAUUGAGGAUUACGAUACGGAUAAACAGUUCCCUGCCUUGGGAUUUGGGGCUCGAGUCCCACCUACAGGGAAAGUCUCUCACGAGUUCUUCCUCAACCUACAUCCCAACAACCCCUAUUGUUACGGUGUGGAGGGGAUCCUUCAGGCAUAUGCCACGUCCCUGCAAAGUGUGUCUUUGUACGGCCCCACCAACUUCUCCCCCGUGAUUAAUCAUGUGGCCAAGUUUGCUCAAGCAUAUCAGGAUGGACAACAGUACUUUGUACUUCUCAUUAUCACCGAUGGAAUCAUCACCGACUUGGAAGAAACCAAGUCGGCCAUAGUGUCUGCCUCAGAUUUGCCCAUGAGUAUUAUUAUUGUGGGUGUGGGGAAGGAAGAUUUUUCCGCUAUGGAAGCCCUUGAUUCGGAUCAAGGUCUACUUCGCGCUCAAGGACGUGUGGCCGCUCGUGAUAUUGUUCAGUUUGUUGAACUCCGAAAGUUUUCUCAAGGCACUGGAUCCUGGAACAGAGCUGCCUUGGCCAAGGAUGUUUUGGCCGAAGUUCCCAAUCAGGUGGUGAAGUGGAUGAGUGGUCGUGGAAUCAAGCCACUUAAAUCAUAAUGACUAUAUAUACUUUUUUUAACAGUAAUUGUUGGUUAAAUUGGAAUACAUCUUUUCUAAGAUUGAUUUUAAAAACUGAAGCAAAAAAGUGCCUUUUGGAAAGGUUUUUUCACUUGUUUCAGA